AUGGCCUAUAAAUUCGUCGGUCUCUCGCCGGAACAAAUCGAAGCGAGACGCCACGCCCUCGACCGCGCAGGGUGGUAUGCCUGGCUCAGUCCUCUGGUCUUGAUGGCGGUGGUGGGCGUGUGUCGUCGAGUACUUGCCUUCUGGUCGAGCGUCGGCCACGGUCGAGGCCAAGGUCAAGGCCACGCCCACAAACUCCCGAAACUACCUGUGCUACUGCGCCGGCUGAACUGGGUUCUGGGGACGACGUACCUCAGCCCCGAAUUCGGUCCUCUGUCCGUGCAGGUGUGCGGCGUCGCGUACACGGGGUGGCUUCUGUACCUCGUCUUCCGCGGCACGGGGGAAGACUACAUGCACGUCACCAAGGCGUUUGGGCACGUCGGCGUCAGCCAGAUGCCUCUGCAGUACCUUUUGAGCGUCAAGUGGCCCGCGUCGUCGUCGUCGUCGUCGUCGUCGUCGUCAUUCCCCUACGGUCCUGUUCGGUCCUUCGCGGCGGGCACCUUGAGCCAUGAAAAACUAAACGUCUAUCAUCGCCUGCUGGGACGCGUGGUGCAUGCGUUCCUGGCCGCGCACGCCGUCCUGUAUCUGCGCUUCUUUGCGCAGAUGGGGUGGCUGGAGAAGCGCGUGCGCGAUUGGGACGUCCGGUUCGGCCUGUUGGCGUUCUGGGCCCUGAACGCCCUGGCGCUGUUGAGCGUGCCGGCCAUCAGGAGGCGCGCUUACCAUGCACUCUUCUGGAGGAGUCACGUCGUGCUCGGGGUCGCGGUGCCGCUGUUUGUCUUUGCACACGUCAAAUAUACCAGGGUCUACGUGGCUCAGGUGGCCAUUGUGUGGGCGGUCAACUUUGUGGUGAGGACACGGGCGAGUGAGAUUGGCCAAGUCACCUGCGAGAACGUGCAGGGAACCAUUGCCACCACCACGACUACGACCACUCCUAUCGGCGGCACCGUCACUACUGGUACUGAGCGCACGAAAACGUCGGUAUUGGUCAAGGUGAAGAUCAUCGCGAAGAAGGGCGGCAGGCUCGCGAAGGCGACACCGGGACAGCAUGUGUUUCUGCAUUCCUCGAGUGGCGGCGGUGGUGUUGCGGCCAAGAAUCCAUUCACCAUUGUGAGUGUCACGACCGAGGCAAACAAGGAGGGUGUCGAGCUGGUGCUUGUGGUGAGAGGGCUAGGUGGGCCGGGCACGAAGGGGUUGGCGGAUCUGGCGAAGACGGGGAAGAAGGUGGAUAUGCGAGUUGAGGGACCGUACGGGAAUGCACACGACGAUGUGGACAGGUUGGUGAACGCGGGGACAGCGAGCCCAGUGUUGCUCGUCGCUGGUGGUGUUGGCGCCACGUACACGAUUCCCAUUUACAUGUCACUCCUGAACCACGCCAGGAAAACCGGUAAGCGACAAGGCAUACUCGAGAUGGUGUGGUUGGUCAAGGGCGUUGGGGAUGCUGCUUGGGGCGUGGAAAUCUUGCGCCAGCUGCAUGAUGAACGGAUUGACGUCGAUCUGUACAUCACGGGCGAGGAUCCUGAUCCGAGUCUUGCGCAGGGGUCGGAUUUGCCGUCAGAACCAGAGAUUCAUGGAUUGAAGAUACAUGCAGUCGGGAGAAGACCAGACUUGACGCCAGAAGUGGAUGGCUUUUUCACGGCCUCGGCCUCGAAUGGAGGAGACGUACAUCACGCUCUCUCUGAUGAAGGAGCCGCUGAGGUCAAUGUAUUUGUCUGUGGACCGUCCUCGUUGUCGGCAGAUCUCAGGAAAGUGGUUGGGCGCCACGUCGGUGGGAAAGGUAGACAGGUGAGAUGGAUUGAAGAAGCGUUUGGAUUUGGGGGGAGUUAG